CACAAUAAUAGGACCCCGUAGAACACACAUUUAUAAUGGCAGCCAUUAUGCCGAUUUGAGUUCAGUAAUCAUCCGUUUUGGAUUGUAGUAAACAUUGUACGUUGUUAUUGACAUUUAGAACGUCAGAAAUUCCAGGGUAGCUGGGAUGAAGGGUAGUAUGGACAACGUUGCUUUGAGGAAACUUUACUUAUUAACACAGAAAGGAAAAAUUCUCCAAUUUAGACGGAUUUCUUGAACCAACUAUUUUUGCAUGAAAUUACUUGCAGACAGUGUAAAUAAACAUACAGAACGGAUCUUUUGUUACUUUCACUAUUGUGAUUGGAGAAAGUUAUUCUCUGAUUUUUCAUUAUCGUUUAUUACAUCGUAUCGAUACAUUUCUUCAUUAAGAAAACUUUUUUUUAACGCUGGAAUAUCGUCACCAUAAGUAGAACGAGUGGGGUGUGCCAUGCAAAGAAAAAAGAAGUCAGGCUCCUUGCACAUUCUCCUAUAUUCAGAGCAGAAUAUCAAGCUAUCAUCAUGAGCUUGGUAGCCCGCCAGGAACUUAUUGCACCUGCAUCUGCAGCUGUCAAAAUGGCUGCUGGUAUUCAUCCUGAAUCUAGAGAAGCUGUUUGUGCAGCAGCUACAACUCAAGAGGAUCCAAAUUAUCCACCUCCAGAAGCUUAUGCUAGAUGUUUUGGACUUCCUUAUCAAGUUAAAUUGGACCAUAACUAUGUUGCCCCACCACCUCCCACACCACCCCAAUCACCUCCUCCUCUGCCAACACAACCACCACCAUCAUCCAAGAUUAAUGGCCAUUUGGAAAUUGAUGUCUCCUCUGUGCCUGCUGUUAAAGAAAAGGAUGUUGAUACUGAAGAUAGUAUAACAAGGUGUAUAUGUGAACUUCAGCAUGAUGAUGGGUAUAUGAUAUGCUGUGAUAAAUGCAGUGUUUGGCAACAUAUUGACUGUAUGGGAGUCAGGAAUAACAUCCCUGACUCUUACUUCUGUGAGAAAUGUGAACCUAGGCAAGUUGAUGUUGAGAAAGCUCGUCUUAUUCAAACAAGAAAAUUGGAAGAAUUAACAGGCUCUUAUUCAGACAUCAGGUAUGAGGCUGUUAAGGGAAAGAACAGGGUUACUGGAGAACAUACUGAUACCAGUGCAACUGAUACUGACCCAGAGGAGGUAAAUAACCGAAUGAUGGCUCUUGUAGAGAAGAAUAAAAAGACCAAAAGAACAAAACAGAAGCCUGUCAAGAAAAAAAGAAUGAAAGCAGCCAAAGAGAAUAAAAAAGAAAAUAAAGAUAAAGAGCCAACAGUCAAUAAAAAGCAAAAGAUGCCAAAGGACACUGCGAAAAAAACACCUCGAACAAAGGCUGCAAGAAAGGUUCAGAUUUCAUCUACUGUUGACAAUGGUGAUACUAGAGGACCAUGGAACAUAUCAGCAAAAUCAAUGGUCCAAGAACAUGAAAAAGAGCAUGAAAAGGGUAAUGAGAAAGUGCAUGGGAAUAUUUUAAGUAUUGCUGUGCUUGAAGCAUUAUCUAAAGUUAAAGUAAAUGGUCAAAUGAGUCCAGAGAAACAUAUAAAGCGAGAAGAGCUGCUGGUUCAGCUCUGUGAACUUGCUUGUCUACAAAAAAAUAAAAAAGGGUUGCAGGCAACUGAAAACUUAAAAGAAGGUCAACUAAUAUCUGAGUAUGUUGGAAGAGUAUCUUUGAAAGAAGAGUGUAUAAAUGCAUCUAUGAAAAGAUUGAAGCCAUUCACAUUAGUAUACUCCAAAGUAGAAGGAGCAGAAUUGUUCAUAGAUGCAAGUACUUUGGGUAAUGUCUCAAGAUAUAUACGACGAUCAUGCAGUCCAAAUGCAGAGAUGCGGCAUUUACUACAUCAAGGUUUCAUUCGUUUCUUAAUCUACUCUACUAAAGUGAUAUCGAAAGGUGCUGAAAUAACAAUACCAUUUGAUUUUACCCGGGAAGAUGGUGUUCUUCACACGGAAUGUGCUUGCUCAAGAAUUAAUUGUCCUCUCAGUAAACCAAAAACUAAAAAGAUUAAUAUUAACAGAAAUCGGCGAAAAAUUAAAAACAAAUCUAUUUCUGAAAAUAUGUUGGAUAGUGUAUCUGAUUCUGCUUGCAUUGGAGUGGUGUCCAGUAUCAUCUCUAAUACUACUAAUACUACUACUGAUACAGAUACUUCAGCAGCUGCUGUUGCUGCUGCAAUGGCUGUAGCUGCCGCUGCUGAAGCACAACCUUUGGCUAUUCCAUUGGAUAUGAAGCCUCCACGCUCUUCCAAUGCGAAUGUCAUCUAUAAAACUAUCCCUUCUUCUCCCUCUAUUCCUACAUCUAUGGUAAAAUUAUAUCCUCCUUCUCAAACUUCUCAGCCAGCUUCUCGAUCCUCGGUUUAUACUCAUGCUAAUACCACAGGUACCUCUUUAUCCCCAACUAUUUCUUUACCAGUUUCUAUUGUUUCUUCUGAACUUUCUAUUCAAGCAUCUCCAAAUAAUUGCUCAGUCUCUUCUAUUUCUCUUCCUCCAAUUCCAUCUGCUCCUAUGCCACUCACUAUGCCAGCUAAAUCAGCAUGCACUCUUGAGGAUUUGGCAGCAGUGGCCACGGCCCCCAAUGCUGCUAUGGCAGCUAUUGCAGUAUCUAACAAUAGCAAUAGUGAUGCUCCUAUGUUACAAUUGCCUCCUCCACCAACCCCAACAGAAGCAGAAGCAGCUGCGGCUGCAGCAGCUGCUGUUGAUGCCGCUGUUGCUGCUCCACCACUACCCACCCAUGUGGAAGGUGAAAUAUCUCCAACUAUUGAUGAUAAUUUAGAACCUCCUCGAAAAAUGACAAGAGAAGAGAGGAAAAUGGAAGCAAUUGUUAAAGCAUUUGAAAAACUGGAAAAACGAGAAGAAAGAAGAAAAGAAGCAUUGGCUAGACUUGAAAAUGCUCGGAAAAGUCAAGAAGAGAAAAAAAGAGAGUCACCGGAGGAUGAGGAAAAAGUAGAACUAAAAGAUAUUAAACCUGAUAUUUCUACACUAUCUAAACCCCCAAGCACAAAGAAAAAGAAGAAAGCACAUUCUAUAUCAACAAGAAGACGCAGCCGAGUGAACAGUGGCGGCAGUUGUUCUGAAGCAGCAUUGUCUCAAGAUGAAAAUAGCAAUAUGGGUAGCAAUCAAACAACAGCUCUUUCAUCUCCACUGGCAGUAGCCCCUUCUCUGGUAGUUACCCUUGCUGGACAAAUUUCUAGCCCACAGUCAGUAACUGUGACGGCACCUACUACUGUAACUACUAUAACACCAACUACUUCACUUUCAUCAAGCCUUUCACAAACUCCUCCAGUUCAACCACCACCACAGUCUGCUCCACAAAAUAUAAAUCAACAAAAUGACAUUUCAAAUACACCAUCAAGUUUCAAGUUCAAAACCAAGAAAAUGAGUGAAUGGCUAGAAGGCAAAGAUACGAAAACAGUAUUACCAGCUACCAAAACAGAACCAUUGGAGGUCAACAUAGAAGAAACUGCAUUUGUUACUUGCUUCCAUAGUCCACGUAGCUCAUUGGAGCAUCUUCAUCGGAGAAUGAGUCACAUUUCAGUUUCUGGUAAAAUGGACUCAAGUGUUGGAUCUGCUAAAAAACGUUGGCUUCGUCAAGCUAUGCAUGAGACUGGUCCUACUGGCAUGGACAGUGGCAAGGACUCCCCUCAACCCAUCAAUUCUGUAGUCUGUGAUGUGGCAAGUCCAAAUGCUGUUGCCUCCAUGCCAAGUCCUGGAGCUUCUCCUCAAGCAGAUUUUGUCACUCCACUGAAGAAACGAAGGUUAGCUAGAGAGUCUCUGUCAUCAGAUCAGCCACUCAUGUCUACUCCGUCCACAUCCUCACCAUCACAGACAUCUAACCUCGAUGUACCGUCGACAUCUGCUCACUCAAUAAGCUUUGAAGAUUCUGAUAUUAAGUCAAGUCAGCAAUUAAAAUCACCACCAGAAGAUCUGCAUUUAGAGAAAUACAAAUUGAUCUCAGCUGAAGCUAACUAUUCUGGAAUGGGAUCAGAACUCAGGGACUUAAUAGAAAGUGAUACAUGUGAAUCCCAACCACCACCUUACAGUGAUUCUACUCGAGGAAUAUCUGACAGUGAAGAGACAAGUGGGCCUGAAGGAUUGGAGAGUUUAGCUGCUGCUGCAGAACAAUGCAGUGCAGUUGAUGUAUCAUCUUGUAAUUCUAGAACAAAUCUUUUGUCACAAGUAACAACUCUACAAUCAAUGACUGCUGAUCAUGUAAAAUCUGAAUGUGAAGAUGACGAAACACUGGAUGCGAGUGAAACUACAGAACAUCAAAACCCAGACACUCUUGAUAGUGCCAACCAUUUUGAACAAAAUUCUAUAAAAGAAGAAAUUGCAUGUGAAACAAAAGAGCUUACAAAUACAAAACCUCUUUCAGAAAAUUCUACAUGGACUACAUUAUCUCAUGAUUCUGUAAAGGAUCAUGUUGAAGGAGAAAUAAAGCAUUCAGAAGCAAUGGCAUCUAACUCUCUUGCUGUCCAACCUGUUUUCACAAACUUUUCUAAUGUAUUUAAAAAACAAAAAGAGAAUUCAUCAGACAUUCAUCCCUUUGAAAUUAAAAAGGAAAAAAUUCAAGAGACCUGUGAUGAUAAAAGUUCUAGUAUUAAUGAGGUAAAAUCUGAAUACUCACAAAAACAUGUACUUGAAAAUUCUGUUGAUCAUGCUGAAACCCCAACAUGUGAUAGUGGAACAAAUAUACAUUUUUCAUUAGAAAAAGAGGUACCCAAGUCUGAAUGCAGUGUGCUGCCUAUUCGACGAGACUCUUGUCAAUUUUCCCCACAAGCGGGUAAAGAUGGCAGAAAUCAAGCCAGUGAUGUAGUUGGUGUUGGUGAGAGUAUAGACUCUAAAAUCAGAGAAACUCACCACCAGAACACUUCAUGUGCAACACACCUACAAUCUGAUUUGUGUACUAGUGUUAGAAUAUCUGUUACAGAAAAAGAAAAUUCUAUUCGCAAUGAAGUGGAUAUGGAUACUUCUACAAAUGUUGCCAAUUAUGGACAACUUCCAGCACCAGUAGAGAUAGAUACAUUAAUAAAUACUGUACUACCUACUGUUCCUGCACCCAAUUUAAUUCUAGAAUCCUCUCUACCUACAAAAGCUCCUUCAAAGAAAAAGGUCAGCUUGCUAGAAUAUCGUAAAAGGUUAAAAGAGAAGAAAGAUCCAAAUGCUGCUUCUGCAUACUCACAAGGCAAGGUGUCAACAAAGUCAACUCCAGUUCCAGCUGAUAAAGCUCCAACAUUAGCUGUACUCCCCUUAUUUGUUGAACCUGUUAGUCCUGCAAAAGAAAACGAGUCAUCAGAAGUAAAAGAACAUCGAGACAAAAAGUCUGAGUCACGAUGGACAGAAAAACCUAUGAGUCUCACAGAAAGGUUACGGCAAGAAUUUGGUCUUGAAGAAAGCGAUGAAGAGGAAAACAAAACUGAAUCGAAAUGGCAUUGUAAAAGGCAGUCUGUACAAACUCCCCCACCCCCUCCACCACCACCUAGCAGUGUGCAACCUCAUCUACAUCACCCUGGCAACCCUUCUGGUGAGGAAUUGUUGGCAGAACCAUUGCCUGUUGCUCCAAGUCAUUCUGUACUAACACAGUACCCUCCCUUACAAAAUCAACUGCAAGGGUCUAUGCUCUCGGGAAGACCUCCUUUACCACCACCACCACCACCACCUCAUCAAUCUCGACUGCUGAUACCAAAUCAAAGUACUCCACUCCCACCUCCUCCCCCACCACCAUCUACUGUUGCUGUUUCUGAAAGUCCAGUAAUACCUUCUUUGAUGUCUAUUCAGACAUAUCACCAGCGAUUUCAAGCUCCAGCUGGUCAACCUGGACCACCACCACCACUGCCAACUCAGAAUCAGCUCCCACCUCCUCCUCCACAACAGGUCCCUCCACCUGGACCAGUGGUCUCAGCAGCCCCACCACCUCCCCCUCCUAUGCCCCUCAUAACAUCACCUCGUCCUCCAUGUGUAGUUGGCCCUCCUCCACCUCCUCCAAAUGUUCAGGCAGUUCCUCAACAGCCACCACCUCCACAACAGCAGCCUCAGCAGCAACCUCCUCCACCAUUACCCCAAAUAUCACAACAUCACACACAUUAUGCCUAUCAAGGUGUUGUAUCUAGUGCAUCUCACCUCCAAUCAUCAACUCAGACCACUCAGUUUAGCCAUCCAGCUCCAGUUCCAGCGGUGUCCAGUCAACCUCCACAGUAUCCGCCUGGACCUCCUCCGCCAGUAUCUCAAGCAACAGCAAAUUAUGGACCGCCGCCACCUCAAUUGCCAGGACCAGCACUUCAGCAGUCACAGUUUACACAUCCUCCUCCACCCCCUCCUCCUCCAAACACCGGACAAAUUCCUUGUCAAGGACAAUCGCUUGUACUUCAGAAUCAGAGCACUGCAAACUUUCAGAUGCCUCCACCUCCACCCCCUCCACCACAUGGAACAACAUAUGUACGGCAACCUCCUCCACCCCCUCAAGCAAUUUUACCUCCACCUCCAAAUGGAGGUAACUAUCCACCUCCACCACAACAUGUGGCACCUCCCUAUGUACCCCCUCCUGCUCCAACUGGAAACCCUUCUAAUCAUCCACCUCCCCAGCCUUUCACUACAACACAAACCCAACAACCUCUUCCACCACCACCACCACCUCCUCCUCCACAGCAACAGCAACAACAACAACAACCUUACACCAUUAAUCAAACACAAUUAUCAUCAUCUACACCCAAAACUUAUUUCCCUCGGUCCAAAUACAACCAAUCCCAGAACUACUAAGAUUUUGUUAUUCACUCGCUAUACAUAGUUCAGCUGACAAAUCAGUCUGUCAUCUUAGAUAAGAAAUCGGUGGAAUGUACAUAAAUCCUCACAUUUGGCUUGUAUAUAUGCUGUCAUCUGAUCAUUCAUUAUUUGUAAGUUGUAAAUUUGCCUGAAGUUUUCAUCUCUCAUUUUCUCUGGGCAGCCAUAAAUCUGUUGCUGGAAGCAGUAUAUAUAAAAAAUUUAAAAAAAGAAAUGUAAAAGAACAAAAACAAACCACCAUUCACCCACAUAAGUCAUUAAGUUUAAAAAAAAAAAUGAAGGUAGAAAAUUUAGCGUGAACACAAAUCGCGGUGAAAUUUUAUUUUCCUAUUGGAUGUGUACAGUCCAUUUUGUGCAGUAUCGUGUUCAUAAAAGCUGCAUUGCCUCAGUAAUUGAGGCACAUGCUAGGUUGACUACAUUGUUAAUAAUCGCCAUGUUUGUAAUGCCUUGGUGUAGAUCUGAAAUCUGUCUUAAUACUGUCUAGAGGCCAUAUCCUUCCCAGCAUCAUAUAUAUGACCAGCCCUUGUAUAAAGUUGCCUGCAUGUUUAACCCUGCAUACAUGUGUAAAAUAAACAUGUCAGUUUUCCUUUUUACUUUGA